UCAGCCCAGUGUGCACUUGAUCUUUGAUCGGUGUGUGUUUCUUUCGCUUGCUGUUUAUUGGCUAGUUUUGUUUCGUCUGGUGACAACAUCUGAUCCAGCAGCGCUUUUUGCGCCACUGCGCAACUUGCGCAGCUUUUCUUCGCUUGCUGUUUAUUGGCUAGUGAUAUUCCUUCUGGUGACAACAUCUGGACCAGCAGCGCUUUUUGCGCCACUGUGCGACUUGCGCAGCUUUUCUUCGCUUGCUGUUUAUUGGCUAGUGAUAUUCCUUCUGGUGACAACAUCUGGACCAGCGGCGCGUUUUGCGCCACUGCGCGACUUGCGCAGCUUUUCUUCGCUUGCUAGUUAUUGGCUAGUGAUAUUCCUUCUGGUGACAACAUCUGGACCAGCGGCGCGUUUUGCGCCACUGCGCGACUUGCGCAGCUUUUCUUCGCUUGCUAGUUAUUGGCUAGUGAUAUUCCUUCUGGUGACAACAUCUGGACCAGCGGCGCGUUUUGCGCAACAGUGCGACUUGCACGACUACUUGAUUGUUGUGACUGUCUCAAAGUCACAAUGGAUAAUUGGAGAAGAGGAGACUCCCCCGAUGAGGAGAAUAUGAGGAGACAACCACCACCUCCACCUUCUUCACCUACUGAUGAAAUGAUGGAGAAUAACGCUGAGGUUACGGCACAUCUACCUGGGCAGUGCCUUGAGGACAGCGUACAGGUUCUCCCAAGAGUUACCUGUCAGCUCGCCCAGUUUACCAUCUCUGAGACUGAUAGCACAUCAUCAGAUGAGGAUACAAGUUCGGAUGAAUCCAGUCCCAUCAGCCCCAUCCGUCCUAACAGUCCUAUUAGCUCCAUCGGCAGCAUCAGCCUUCAGCAGGUCCCAGCACCCCAGUGUCCUCAGCACAUCUUUCUUCAUUGUCCUGGCUCCCUGGCUGAUAAUUCUUCAUCAGAUGAGGAAACAACAAGUUCGGAUGAAUACAGUCCCAUCAGUCCCAUCAGCCCCAUCCGUCCUAACAGUCCCAUCUGUCCUAUCGGCUCGAUCAGCAGCAUCAGCCAUCAGCCACAACCAAGGUACUCCGUAAGAUACCCAGGACAAGUCAUCCCGGAGGAUUGGUUCAUCGGUCCCAUGCCUGAGUUGGCCGCAAUGCCGGAGUAUAGGGCCAUGUGUGAGUGGUACAGCUCAGACCGCGAGGCACAUAGAGAUAAUCUGGUGGUCACAUGCAGUCAUGUCGGCAGACCAUCUGAAGCAACAUCAGGGGAUGAAUUAAUAAGUCUUAACAUCACAUGUGCCUUCAACUGCACCAUAACAUCAAGGCCAUUCAUGAGACUUUAUCGACACAUAAGAUCCAGAUUUAUGAAGGCGGCCCAAAGAUUACGGAGGGCCCUGCAAAAUUACUGAAAAAAAAAAAAAAAAAGAGAGUCCAAGAAACAUCUAUGAACAUCUCCCUCCUGCCAGGGGGACUCUCUGAAGCGAUAGAGUACUGAGGGCCAGUAGAAGCCGGACAUGCCCUGUGAAGCCUGUGUACUCCGCUAUGUCCAUAAUAAAAGGAUUGAGACCUAUUGAAAAGUGCCGUUCUGCUUUAUUUCUAUACCUUUGUAUCACUUUGGGGAUGUUUAUUGUUUUGGGAACGGAGCAUCAUGUCCACAAUCUAGGCUAUCCUGUAGAUGGUGCACCACAUGGACUGUCGUUACUGAAGGACUACAAGGUGCAUAUAUUUGUGGUGUACAGCCGACUCUGGGGUGUUUUCCUUUGCAAAAACUGCAACAAUAUACAGGACCUCUCU